UUGCUGCGUUGAUAUGGCUUUGUUAAAAGUUACGGUGUUGGUCAUGGUACUACUCGCCAUCACAACGACCGUGGACUCGUUAGGAUACAAUUUUCCUGUACGGUCGACAAAAAGAUGUCCAAUGAAUGCCAAGGAAUGGUCUGACGCUUCUGUAAGGAUGCACUGCAACAAUACAAGCGGGUAUCACUGUGUUCCCGAUAAGAAUUUUUCAUCUCUAAUCGAGUUUUGUUACCCACGUGGAAGACGUAUUCCUUUUCAAAAAGGAAAUUGUUUGGAACUUGCCUACACCGGAAUUCUAAAUCACGUCAAGUGCGGUCAUUUCAGCUAUGGUUGUCCUGAAAUGGAUUAUUUCAGCAAUGAAAUAUAUCAGUAUCCAGCAUGUCUAAGACUUGCGGAAAAUUGUUUUACAGCGGAUCUGAGUUGUUUGAAAAAGCAAUAUUUCAUUCAAAUACAAAUGGAAAAGAAAGAACCAAAUUGUACACAUAAAACAGAGCAGUUAACCAGAGAGGAAAAUACCUAUGAACCUCUUGUAGGGACAGUUAUCGUCCUUUCGGUGUUGCUAUUUGCAUCUAUUUUAGCUCUCAUCAUACAGGGUCUACGGUAUCGACAGAAAGUUGCAGAAAAUAAUCUAGGAACUGAAGGGUCCAAGGGUGAUGUUGUAUCUGAAAGAUCUCCAAAACGCCCUGCUCCAUUUGUGACAAAAGAAUGUGGAAGUCAAACCGAUGAUGAAAUGAAAACAUUUGAAUUACAUGCAAUUGUAACCAAAGAAAGUGAAAACCAGGAAGCAAAAAAUUCUGAUAACAUUUUGAACAUGAUUUUAACGGAAAUCUCCAUAGAAGAUGAAGACUUGUUUCAACUUCUGAAAAGGCAGUGCUUAAAUGGUGAACAACUGGGAUUCAGUUAUCUUAUUGACGGAAGAGUUAAGACACUGGGCAAAAGAGACCUUUUAUUUCAGAGAGACGAAAGUGGAUGUACAUUAUUGCAUUACGCAGCCAGAGGGGGAUCUAUUCCUAUACUGGAUGAAAUAUUAAAACUUUAUCAAGAAAAAAAUGUUGAUUUCAUGGUUAAAUGUUAUCAAAGUAAAACAAUCUUGGACUACGCUUUGCAAUAUAACUGUGAUGAUGAGACUGCUAAAUUUAUUAUUGGAAAACUUGCAAAACCGAUGAAAGAAGCAAUGAAAUUAAAAAGAAAUCAAAAUACAGAAUAUCAUGAUCCAAUAGUGGCGAACGUUGCACUAUUUGCGCCAUUCCAUUUGAUUGCUUGGAAAGGAAAUUUAGAACUUUUAGAUACAAUAAAAACAGUGUAUGACAAUGUUACAGCUAAAACUAAAAGUGGGCUUGAUAUCCUUUCCAUUGGUUGCCUUGCACAUAAAAAUAAAUUUUGCAAGCAUGUUAUAAAAAAUGAAAAGGUACUAUCAAAAUCUGACAAAAGUGGUCAAUGGAAUGUUUGCCAUUAUGCGGCGAUGUCCGGAAAUUUGACAGUUUUAAAACAAAUAGAAUUAGAGGACCCAGACCAGCUGUCAAUAUCUUCAAAUUCAAAGAAAAAACCAUUGCAUAUUGCUUGUGAAUUUGCAAAAAUUAAUGUUGUCGAAUAUUUAGUUCAUAGAUGCCCUAAAGAUAUGUUCCGGGAAGAUAGCUUUGGUUGGAAUGCAUUACAAUUUGCUGUCAAAGGUGGAGAUUUUGAUCUUUUUAUGUUUUUGAUAGACCAAAAAAUGGAUAUUAGGACCAGAGCAAAGGAUGGGAAAACAUUGCUCCAUAUUGCAUGCAUUCAUAAACAGGAUAGAAUAUGUGAAUUCUUGGCUAAAACAUAUUUUGAAAAGCACAAAGAUCUCUUAAAUGCAACGACAAACAUUAAAAAUUGGACUGCAGCGCAUUACAUCGGAGUGGAGAAUAAAUUGGAUGGCAGGGAAGCAAAAAUACUUGAUAUACUAAAAAAAUAUAUCGUGGAUCUCUCUGAGAAAAAAAAAGAUGGAGACACAAUACUCUCUGCGGUAACAGCAGAUGGAUACACAAUAUUUGACAUAGCUAUUCAACAUUUGAAUAUUAAGUUAAUUAUCUAUAUUCUUGAAAGUGAGGAAUACAUAAGAUUAAUAGGUAUAUGUCAGGAUACUUUAGAAGGACAUCUUCAAAAAGUAAAAAAUCCAACUAUCAAGGCAGCUCUACAAAAAGCUAUUAAAAAACUAAGGUUUGACUAA